GCAACAAGGUAAAGGGGGAUUUCAGUGGACUUCAUGCUGAAGAAAGUUGGAAUGAAAAAUAGUUGUGGUUUGAGUUAGUCGUGCAGGUGCCAUACAAGGACAAUUCUCCAAAGAAAUAACUGGCUUUGAUAUUGUAUCACUCCAACAGACUACAGUCCUACUGAUAGCUUGCUUUAUUCAAAACUGUAUUACUCUUAAUGAUAUGUUUAGAUUGCUCUGAGCAAAGUCAGGACCUCAUUUCAGCAGUCAGAAAAACUGAAAUAGGAAACCUAUUCAAUGGGAAGGGAGCGAGAUUAAUUGAGACAAGGGAUUUAACGCAGUUAGAUUCCCAAAUUUUAAAUUAUGACGAAAUUUUAUUUUAUUAUUUUUUUUGAGUGCUUUUCCUAAAUAUUGUUGAGAAGAUUUGCAAUUCCAUAUAUACAUCUACUUUUUAAAUAAUUCUCAAUAUACUGUCCACGUCAGCCGUAAUGAAUUACUUUUUUUUUUUCAAUUUAUUGAUACAACGCUAUCUUAGAUGGCAGUUUAUAUAGGAAAACCGCUACUUCAAGUAGCGGUUUACACUCACUAUCAAAAUUUCAACCUCAUCUCGCUGCUCUCAUUCUCAACUCACUUUUUCAGAUAAAAACAAAGUCCCCAAUUCUCUAUUGCCCAUCAUCCAUUCUACCCACUCAAAUUUCAGAUCUCAAACAUCUCUCAUACAUUCUUCAAAUUUUCAUUCUCCAUUGCCUAGCAUCUUCAAAUUAGGGGAUUUUUCGAUUAAGUUUGAGAAUUUUAUUUUUAUUUUUUUAUUUUUUUUAAUUCAAUUUGUUCUGGGUAGUUUGUGGAAUUAUCUUGCAAUUCUCUAACUCAAUCCUAACUUUUUUCAUCUUUUUAUACGAAGUAUAUACUGUUAUGUUCUUCCCCUUCUUUUUUAUGUUCUCCCCCUUCUCUCUCUAAAAUCAGAUUACUCUGAUUUUUUUCUCACUAACCAGAUAAGAUUUGAUUUUGUUUUUAUUUUUUUAUUUUUUUUUUGUUUAAUUUGGAGAAGUAUAAUUAAUUUUGCCUUGUUUCCAUUCCAUUUUUCAUCUGAAUUCAUCCCUGAUUAUUGUAGAACUUUUUCAGAGAAGAUUGAAUCCAUUUCAUCUGAAUUUAUUUAUUUUUUUACAUAAAAUGGAAACCACCACUUGAGUUGGCGGUUUUCCCCCAAUUGAAAACUGCUAACUCAAGUGGUAGUUUUGUGUUAAAUUAUUAAAAAAAAAAAUAGUUUUAUACUUAAAUGGUGAUGUGGACAGUAGAUUGGGAAAUUGUAAAAGUUUAGCUGUAUUUAUGGAACUGAUAAUAGUUGCAGCAUUAUUUAGGGAAACCACUCAUUUUUUUUAAGGAAAAAAAAAAGAGGAAAGAAAAGAAGCUAUGGUUAUUCAAGCCAUCUUGUUGCCUGAUCAUAAGAAUGAUUUGAAAUUUCAAGCAGUCAAUAUGAUAGUCUAUCUUGCAUUACAAGUAUAAGUUAGUAAAGCAUACUAAUUUAAAUUAUGGGUUCGUUUGGUAGGACGUAAAAUGUUUUCCUUGAAAACUAUUUUCCCCAUUUUACAUUGUUUGGUCAAACUGAAAAUUAGAAUGGAAAAUUUAGGCUGUAAAAUUGUUUUACACCACAGUUGAAAACAUUUUCCUCCAAAAUUCAAAGGAAAACGUUUUCCUUUCUGUUCUCACAAAUCACAAAACUCAUCCACUAUACUUUCUCUCUCCUCUUAAACACUCAUCAACAUUUUCUCUCUCCUCCCAAACGCUCUCUAAUCUUCAUUUUCGCUAUCAUCGCAAAUCUCACUCAUCAAUCUCAACGAAUUUGGUGAAAGACGAGAAAAAAGUUAAUUUUCGUUGGUCAAAACAAAUGUCUAAGGAGCUAUUGGAAUUUCUUGCUGAAGAAGUGAGGAAAGGACACCGGCCAAAUAAUACUUUCAGGACUAGCUCCUUCAUUGCUGCUGCAAAGACGAUUUCUGAAAAGUUUCACACCACAUGUACUGCUGACCAUGUUGAGAAUCAUAUGAGGACAGUGAGAACUACUUGGGGAGUUAUCUCUCAAGUGCGAGGAAGAUCUGGGUUUGGUUGGGAUGAUAAUGUAAAGAUGGUGACUGCUUCACCAAAUGCUUAUGAAGCUUAUAUUCAGCAAUAUCCAUCUCAUGAGAAGUAUUUGAACAAGAAAAUUGACAUGUACGACGAGAUAUCAAUAGUGGCAGGCAAGGACAUUGCAAGGGGUAAUUUUUCCAAGACGUUUGGUGACAUUCAAACUAAUUCAAGUGGGCAGCCAAGUACUAUUGAAGUCGAGCCUACUAAGUCAGACAGUGCAACUUCUUCGGAGCCUAGAUAUCAUAAGUAAAGAUUUCGAGCUGAAGAGGAAGAAGGUGACUUGCGUCACAUUUCUACACAACUAGGAGAAGUAGUUAGUUCUCUCAAGAAGUUUUUGGACAAUCAACUUGAUGUCGAAAAAUUGUAUGGGGAGAUCAUGAAAAUGGAUGAUGUUGAUGAAGCUGUUCGUAUUGCUGCAUUUGACCACCUAUUUGAGCAUGAAAUGCUAGCUAGGGCCUUCUUGACCAGAAGCUCUUAGGAAGCUUUAGGUCCAAAAUUUCGUUAAAUCUCUACGUUAAUUUUUUUAUUUCUUUUGUUCUACCAACUUUGUGAUAAUAAUUAUAUGUCGAUAUGGACAAGUUUUAAUCC